CUCCAUCCUUCCUUAUCUGUACGGGGGGAGCACGACCAGUGCUCAGCCAUGGUCGACAUGGGAGGCCUGGACAACCUGAUCGCCAACACGGCCUACCUGCAGGCUCGGAAGUCCUCGGACGCCGACAGCAAGGAGCUGCAGCGCCGGCGCCGGAGCCUGAUGCUGCCCGGGCCGCAGAGCUGCGAGCAGCUCCGCCAGGCCCUGGCCACGGACUUCCACAGUCUUUGCGAGCAGCAGCCUAUCGGCCGCCGCCUCUUCCGGGACUUCCUGGCCACGGUGCCCGCGUACCAGGAGGCCAGGGGCUUUCUGGAGGAGGUGCAGAGCUGGGAGCUGGCCGAAGAGGGCCCCGCCAAGGGCAGCGCGCUGCAGGGGCUGGUGACCACUUGCGCCGCCGCCCCUGUCCCGGGGCAUCCACACCCCUUCUUCAGCCCAGCUCUGGUCACCAAGUGCCAAGCGGCCACCACCGAGGACGAGCGAGCAUCCCUGGUGGAGCUGGCCAAGGCCGAGGUCAUGGCCUUCCUGCAGGACCAGCCCUUCCGGGAGUUCCUGGCCAGCCCUUUCUAUGACAAGUUUCUGCAGUGGAAAGUCUUCGAGAUGCAGCCAGUGUCAGACAAGUACUUUGAAGAGUUCCGGGUGCUGGGGAAAGGUGGUUUCGGGGAGGUAUGUGCUGUCCAGGUGAAAAACACCGGUAAGAUGUAUGCCUGUAAGAAACUGGACAAGAAGCGACUGAAGAAGAAGAACGGUGAGAAAAUGGCUCUCUUGGAAAAGGAAAUCUUGGAGAGGGUCAGCAGCCCGUUCAUUGUCUCUCUGGCAUAUGCCUUUGAAAGCAAGUCCCAUCUCUGCCUGGUGAUGAGCCUGAUGAAUGGUGGAGACCUCAAGUUCCACAUCUACAGCGUGGGUGAACCAGGCCUGGACAUGAGCAGGGUGGUCUUCUACUCGGCCCAGAUGACCUGUGGCGUGCUGCACCUCCACUCCCUCGGCAUUGUCUAUCGGGACAUGAAACCCGAGAACGUGCUUCUGGACGACCUCGGCAACUGCAGACUGUCUGACCUGGGGCUGGCCGUGGAGAUCCAGGAUGGUAAACCCAUCACCCAGAGGGCUGGAACCAAUGGUUAUAUGGCUCCUGAAAUCCUAAUGGAAAAAGCGAGUUAUUCCUAUCCUGUGGACUGGUUUGCAAUGGGAUGCAGUAUUUAUGAAAUGGUUGCUGGACGAACACCAUUCAGAGAUUACAAGGAAAAAGUCAGUAAAGAGGAUUUAAAGCAAAGAACACUGAAAGAGGAAGUCAGAUUCCAACACAGUAACUUCACAGAGGAAGCAAAAGAUAUUUGCAGACUCUUCUUGGCUAAGACACCAGAGCAACGCUUAGGAAGCAGAGAAAAGUCUGACGAUCCCAGGAAACACCAUUUCUUCAAAACCAUCAAUUUUCCUCGCCUGGAAGCCGGCCUAGUUGAACCUCCAUUUGUGCCAGACCCAUCAGUGGUUUAUGCCAAAGACAUCAAUGAAAUCGAUGAUUUCUCUGAGGUUCGAGGAGUUGAGUUUGAUGAUAAAGAUAAGCAGUUCUUUCAAAGAUUUGCAACAGGUGCUGUCCCCAUAGCUUGGCAGGAAGAGAUUAUAGAAACGGGACUGUUUGCAGAAUUGAAUGACCCCAACAGGCCCGCAGGUUGUGGGGAGGGUUCAUCCAGGUCUGGCGUAUGUUUGUUAUUAUAAGUUGUUAUCUCUACAGACCAGCAGCAGGAGUCUCAGCUGACAGAAUCCUCGAAUGUUCCUAAUACAUGAAAAUCUGUUGUGGAAGACUGAUCAAUCAGGAGGGGCACCUUAACUACAGAACAGUUCAAAAGACAAACGAACUCACCACUAGGACAUAUUUGCUCUCCUUCCUUCCCUCCUUGCCUUCCUUCUUUUCCUUCCUAUCUUACUUCUUUAUUCUUUCUUCCUUCGCAAAGAAAAGUAGAGUCUAGGUUUUCACUGAGUGCUGGGAAAAGUAGCCCUCAGAUUUGUUUUGAUAAAGUAAAAGCCUGAGCCUUUGCCAUCAUGCCCUUGAAAAUGAUGUCAAGUCCUAGGAACAGAGGAUGGAGCUUUGAGGUAUGCUCAGAAAAAUGAGCAUUUACAAUUCUUAGUAAAUAAUCAUUUUAGUUUUUCUUUGUUUGUAUCUUUUCUUCCUUUCAUCUUUCAGUAUUUCUCUGCUUCUGUACUUAUAAAAAGGAUUUUAAACCUGAAAAUAAAUAUUUCUGAUUUCCUUCUCCCCUGUUUAAAAAAAAAAA